AAAGUAAAACUGUGAUGUUAGUUGCAUAUCUGGGAGCGAGUUCACCAAUUGUCAGAAUUCCAGAUAAUAUUAAUUACCAUAUAAGGCAUUUAUUUUGUUUACCAAGAAUAAAUGCGGCGUGGUUCAAUUAGUAGAAUUUUGUAGAUAGUGUAGUUAACAGCAACAUUAUGGACCACGAUUUGGGUCCAAAACUUAGAAAACGCCAGUUGGUGCCGGUUCACAUCGUAGAAAAUCACGAUGAAGUUUUGCCGUACAUAUACCGCGACAUUGGAGCGAAAUUUCUACCGAUCGAAGGCAUAACUUUCAUCCAUUUCGACUCGCAUCCGGACAUGCUAAUACCUAAGUCCAUGCAGGCCGACUGCGUGUACGAUAAAUACGUGUUGUUUGAACAAAUCAGCAUAGAAAAUUGGAUGAUGCCCGCCGCUUAUGGGGGUCACUUCAAGACUUUAGUAUGGUGUAAGCCACCCUGGGCUGAACAGAUUGAUGUUGGCAAAAGAAAGUUUCUAAUUGGCAAGGAUAAAUCUACGGGUACAAUAAGACUCAAUUGCAAAGAAAACUACUUUGUAUCAGAGUGUCUGUAUAGACAUGAAAGUUGCUUGGAGAAUAUUAAGGAGGUUGUUUUGGACGUCAUUGAAAUGGGAGGUGAUGCAAACAGUGUUUGUCCAAAAACUAUUGAGGACUACACGAAAAAUAUGUACAUUUUGGAUGUGGACUUGGACUUCUUCAGUACCAAGAACCCGUUCAAAACUGCUUACGAAAAGGCACACGUUUACGACAGACUGAAAGAAAUAUACAAUUUUGAUUUACCCAAAACUAAAACAGACGAAGACAUAGAAACAGCAGUGAAAGCUAGGGAAAAACAAAUAGAAGAACUGGAAACAAUUUUCAAUCAUUUGGAGCGUCACAGGAUUAUGCCAGACGCAACAGAGCCCAUAAGUGAUUUGUACAAAAGAGUGGAGGACUUAAGACUGAAAAUACUUGAGCAGUACGAUGAUAAAGAAGUCGAUUGGAUUUUGGUGCACAAUGCUGGCUGCACUUGUGACAACACCGAUUUGCCACAUCAUGUUUCAACGGAAGAAGAAAUUAAUAAAAUGCUAAAUAAGUUCAAGGAGUUUGUGGAAUUGUUACGAGAACGUCCUGCAAUUGUCACCAUUUCUAGGUCAAGCGAAGACGAUUACACACCAUCGGAUGUGGUGGAGAUGAUUCAGAAGCGGGUUCUGGAGAUAUUAAUAGAGAAGUUUCCUAUUCAACCGAAUUUUCAUUAUCGUGAUGACUGUUCAGAUGAGCAAGUAUAAGCAGAAGUGUUAAUUUUAAAUGAUUAAUAAAGUAAUUAUUGAAUAAGAUAUUUUUUAUUUAUUUAAAUAAGUU